AACACUCUCCGCUAGAAAUUUUAUAGGAAUAUUUUGUUAUUUUCACCUCUCUCACACCAGAAAACCCUCGCCCUCUCCGCCUCUCUCUCGCUCUCUGCGUUUCUCGUAGCCUUGCAUCUCUCUCACCUCUCACUCGGCGCCGCACAGAUCUUCCCACCUUGCCUUCUUCGGUAGCAGCUGUAGCACGGUACGUCCCCCUUUUUCGUCGCUCCCUCCGCCUCGCCUCUCACUCGCCACCGCAAGGACCGACCGGUCCCGUCUUCUCCGCCAGCAGCUGCAAAAUGGAAAAUCAGCAGUAGCGCAGCAAGCCUCGAGAAGUUCACCUCUACAGUUGCAUCAGUUCGCCUCUCUGACCUCCGCGGCUUCGAGUUGGUGCCUUAGGGCUUCAAAUAUCCCCUUUUUUCUCCUCGUUCUUCUCCAUCCGCGAUUUUUGAAUUCUAUUGUAUUUAUCUGCUAUUCAAGCUGUACCUAUUUGUGGGUUGGUGGAUUUUGAAUUUUUCUUUUUUUAUUUUGUUUAAAAGAAGGUUUCUUGAUAUAAUCCGAUUUGAAAACUGAAGUUCUAGUUGUUUAGAGUUAUGAUGAUGUUGGUUUCUGAAAAAUUGAGAUAGGAAAAUUUGUUGGGCAUCUUGUUGGUAUAGAAAUUGGUUUCUGAAAAAACUGCAUAAUUUAUCAGUAAAAAUAACUUCCUAAAAUGGCGCCAAAAAGUUUACGUUAGAAACUGUGUUUUCAUAUGUAGAUAUAUUUUGGGGUAUUACUUUGUCAGGGUCGAGUAACCCUUCAUGCUGCAGCUGCCACAAUAACCCUAGGCUUGCACAUAAACUGAUACCAAGUUUCUUGGCAUACUAAGCUUUCAUUUCACUUUAUGAAGCACUAAGAUACAUAAGUUUUUCUAGGUUUGAUUUCUUAUUGGUUGGGUUGUUGGUCAAAGGAACUAAUAACAUUUUGGUAUAGGCCAUGUAAAUUUAAAGAGUUUAUAACAUCCGAAUGCUGGAGUAUUUAGAUAGUAUAUGUAUUAGGUUUUACAAAUGUAUCCUCUUAUCUAAUUGACAUUGUCAUUAUACUAAUUUGAGCUUUCUUUCAUUUGCUAAGGUACCUAGGUUAAUUGUUAUCUUAUGAGAAUGACUUGUUGAAAUUUUCAGUGUGGGAAACUUAAUCCCAUUUUAUACCAAUGUAUGUAUUAUCUGUAUUUGUAUAUGCCUCUGCUUGUUUGAGGAUCGAGGGGAAUGUACAAGAUCCUAGAAAACAAUUUCUUGAUGUGACUCAGUUCAGGGGAGAUUUAAGGGAUGAGAUGACUGCAGUUAAAUUUCUAUAUGCUGGUGGUUGAUAUUAUUCUACAUGGAAGCCAAAUUCUUCCGCUUUCUUAAGAUUGUUGGAGUUGGUUUCAAAGCAAGAGCAGAGGCUGAAGGCCGUCUCUUAUACCUAAAGCUUGGUUAUAGCCAUGAGGUGGAACUGGCUGUGCCUCCUGCAGUUCGUGUAUUCUGCUUCAAAAACAAUGUAGUAUGCUGCACCGGGAUUGACAAGGACAGGGUGCAUCAAUUUGCUGCUGCUGUUCGUAGUUGUAAGCCCCCUGAGGUCUACAAAGGCAAAGGUAUUAUGUACAUUGACGAGGUCAUAAAGAAAAAGGAGGGGAAGAGAUCAAAAUAACAAGCUCUCAUGCUCGCACUUCUGCAUAUGCUACUCUACAUUUAAUAAGUUCAAUAUACAAGAACGCAAAUUUGUGUUGUGGCUGGAAUGUUGUUUUUCAUUCAGGAGAAACUUUUAACAUGUUUCCAUAUUUGCAAUGGUUCAUGACAUUGUUUUAUAUGAAGCCUUUAACAGACUG